AUGUCAGUAGUCCCCUAUUCCCAAGUUGUGGGAAGUUUGAUGUAUCUGAUGGUGUCUACAAGACCUGACAUUGCCUAUGCUACUAGCCUAAUGAGUAGAUACAUGGUUAAUCUGGACAGUGUACCAGAGCUGAUUGGUUAUGUUGACUCAGAUUAUGCCAAAGAUCUAGACAAGAGGAGGUCAUUAUCAGGGUAUAUCUUCCUAUUUGGAAGAUUAUUCAAGGACACGCUCGUGUUCAAGAUCGUUGGAGGAGACGUUCGUUGGAAUAUCGAGAGGAUCGUUCUAGAAGCUUGGGAAUCUACAAAGAAUGCAAGGUGUUCACACGCUUCUGCUCGAGAUUUGAAUCCCAUCAAUGUGGUUGUAUGGCUACAACAUGUGGGCUGGUAA